CAUUCUUCGACAAUGACUCGUCUAAUCUUCAUCGCUGCUUUCUCGUUCAUCGCCUCCGUGAUUAUUCCAUCCGGUCAGGCGUGCGCCGGCUAUGCAAUAGCGAGUUGGAACUUCGGCAGUGAUCCCUACUGUUCUAAUCCCAGAGAGAGGACUGGCUGGACCUGGUUCUAUAAAUUAAAUUGCGAUUGCUGUCCGGGUUUUGUACGGGAUGGUAUACCAGGUGAAACCAGAGGCUUUUGUGUUCCAAUAUGCUACGCCAAAUGUGCAGUACGUGAUCCAAACACCAAGUGCACUCCUGAGCAAAUGAAGAAACUUGAGAAUUGGGAGAAUCCCGGUGCCAGGGAGAUGCCGUGUCCCACGAGUUACAACACAGCAUGAACAAAUUUUUGUUAUUGAGUAUU